AUGUCUUCAUCUAAAAUUGAAUCUCUAAAAGAUACAGUGACAGUGCUUAUAAACGCUGCGGGUGAUAGUGAGAAUGCCGUUAAUAACGUUGUGAUUAAGUCGUUGACUAAAAUAGCGAAUUCAUACCCAAAUGAGGUGAUAGAAAUAUUUUGUGAAUUCUACACUAACACCGUAAGAUGGAACCCGGUCCAAUUGGGAAACAUUGUGAAAGUUCUAGAACAGACAUGUGUAAAUCAAGUAAAGAGACUAGAGCCAGCUGUGGCAACCAACCUGGUGACAGCAAUGCUUCGAGCUAUGAUGGAAAAUGUAGGGUACGAACCUGUGGUGCAGAUGGGAGCUUCUGCAGUACUUGUUGCUGUAGGGCAUGAAAAUUUAGACUUGGUGUUACGCUCCUUAAUCAACCAGCUGUCCCCAGCGUCUGUGCCACACUACACCAUAGCGCAUACCUUGGGUACACUGGCAGCAGUGAACACGCAUGGUGUCGUACCACAUAUUAAGGAGAUCUUAAGCAAAAUGCUGCCACUACUGCCUAUGGUUAAAGCUGAGGGAUUAAAACAGGCAUUUGCAUAUGCUUUUGGCCACUUCGCAGUAGCCGUCUCUGAACAGAUAGGCGACAAUGUUGAAAACGACAAUAUAACAUCUAUCAAAGACAAUUUUGUCACAGAAUUCUCCAUAAUAUUUGAUGUAUUGUACAACCAAUGGCUACCAUCACACGAGCCAAAAGUCUCUGAAUCUGUACUUGAAGCCCUAGGACCUAUCACCAGGCUAAUUUCGGAAAGACAAUUUAAUGAAACAGUAAACAAAUUUGUGCUUUCAUUGCUGUCUUUGUAUCGCAAACCAGCUAUCAAUUACUACUAUAUAAGUCAAUGUAUAUCGUACAUACUUACGCCAUCGCCCUUAAACCCGAAAUUGAGCUUGAACGAUAGCACUAUUAACUCCAUAAACCAUGUCCUCUUUAAUCUGGUAUUACUAGAACCCGAUUAUGACCAACCUCAUACUGUAAAGAAUCAUUUUGAAGUGCUUCGGUGCUUCGAUUACAUGGCUGGACAGUUCCCAGACCAAACUAUAGAAAGUCUUCUACACCAGUGUAAGAAUAACCAAGAGAAAGACAGAAUGAAAGCUGUGAUAAUUCUAACACACCUAACGACGUCAUCACAAGUCUUUAUAGACAAUUUUGCAGCCAAAUUCAUUUCACUAUUAAAAGUUAUGACUAAUAUGGAACAAGCAGUGAAGAUGAAGAAGUUACUUGUUAAGGCCAUAGUAGGUCUAGUUUACAGGAAUUGUAUAACUACUACAGAAGACUUCACUAUGGUAGAAUUUAUAAUAAAACAUUGUGGCUAUGAAGGAGGUCCCAAUGUGUCCAAGUAUGAAAUUUUAGAUUUACACGAUACAUGCAAAAGCUCUUUGAUAUUAAUGUGCAAUACAGUUACUAGCAUAAGAUCACAGUUACGAAAUCUUCUACUAAUAACUUUAACUAGUGAAGAGUUUACUGCUUCCAUGGCAACCGUCUGUCAUUGUCUUACGUCCCUUCUGCAGAAUAACUCUGAUGUAACUGCAGAAACUGUACAAUCAGACAAGGAAGCUGAAUUGAAGUGCUCUCCUGAUUUAGUUUUCGUCAGAUGUUUAACGCAUGUAGUUGAACCACAUCAAGUUGAGAGGAACAAAAACAUUUUAAUCUUUCUUGAAGAAUAUUCAGGAGAUAUUCAUAAGAAUCUAAAAAAUUCUUGGACUGUAGAAAUCCAAAGGUUACUUAAGUUUGUAGAUACUUGUGAGUCUAAAGAACAUUGGCAUGGCAUGUUGUUGGAUCUUUUAGUUUCUGCUAUUGAGCAAGUGAAUAGCAACAAAUGGGUGGAAUUCAUUGCAACUUUAAUAUCGCAACAAAUAAUUUCAAAGAAAAUGUCUCCGAUGAUCAAAGGGGUAUCCUUACAAUUUUUGGCUGUACUAUCAUGUCACAUGUCCAAUGCAGCAGUUGUUGAAAAGAUCUUAAAGAUAAUUCUCUUAGCUUUAAAAUCAAUACCGAUGGAAAGUAGUGAUUAUGUUAGCAAAGCUGUAGGCAUAGCUUCAAGACAACACGGAGAAUUCAUCCUAAAUGAACUUGAUGCUAUUUAUAAAGAAAUUGAGUCAAAAAGGAGCAGCAAGUUUUUAAAUUUUCUCUCCUCGAAAACUUCUAAAAAUGAUUUGGAACUUGGUGUUGUUCGGUACACAGUAAUUAUAUGUUAUGGCAAAGUAGCUGUCGACUGUUUAGAUGUUCAUGUGUUGGCUAGAUUAGGGGACAAUGUUACUUCUAUUUUGUAUGAUAUUUUGAAGUCAAACCCCUCAUUUGAUCUAUGCAAAGCUAGCAUAACAACUUUGUAUGAAAUCAGUAAAGCGUUACAUCCUGCCGCACAUCACAAUGUAGUUUUGAGAAACCGUUGGCAGCUGCUCAAUGGAGUUCUUGAACAGAUAUUUAAUUCCAAUUUAGAAAAACGUAAUGUUGAAUUAUAUCCUAUCAUAGUGAAAGCUUCAAAGGCUUUGACUAAAUUGCAGAAAGGAAUAUUACCAGAAGAAAGAAAUACCAUACUGAGAGUUCUAUUCAAUAGUAUUUUUGGCGAACUAUCUUCAUUCAAAAAGAAAUAUGAGAUCGAAGGUAAUGGCGACAAAAAUGAUAUGUUAGCUAAAACACUAAAUGACAGCUUAUCACUUCUUCACCAACUCAUCAAGGAACUCAUCAUACAGUCUACCUGUUUGAGCACCAUUGAUGAUCUAAUAGGAUUACUAAUGGAUUGGAUUCGGCACGAUAAUGAUGAGAUUAGGACAGCAUCAGUCAUGAUCCUUCAAGUAAUCUUCGACACUUAUAUUAGAAACGUUAAAUUAAAUUAUGAAACACCCAGUAAGUUUGGUCAGAUGGGAUAUUUAUUGGGACUUAUUGUACCAGGAAUAGCAGAUACCAAUUUCCCAGUAAGACUAUCAACUGUUGAUUGUAUAAAAUUAAUUAUCCAAAUACAGGAUCUAUACGAAGGUCAUACUAUCGAACCUAACGAUGAAUGCAUGUCCAAUUUAGAGCAUCUUCAGAAUAAUAUAUUGACUAAUGAUUUGAACAUGAUUAGUGAUUACUGUAUAGCUUUGUGUGAUACGAUAUCCGUGAAGAUACCACACCAUCAUAGUAUGCAAUUUAUUGAAAGUUUACUCGAAGGGUACGAUGAUCAGGAGUUUAGAAGUGUAGGAAUCAGUUCGAUAUUAGAUGCGUAUUUCGUGAAUAAGGGCCAAGAUUUGUAUCAAAGCAUUGAGAGGAUAGUGGAAGUCCUUUUGGGGACUAUGGAUAUAGUCGGACUGGAAGCGAGGUCAAAAUUGAUGAAGCCCCUGUCGUCUCUGACUCGUCAUCACUCGAACGCAGUGACCGCUGUCCUGUUAGCACAGAAGUUGCCAUUGAAGCCGAGUGUGGUUUUAUGUUGGCGUAGCCUUGCCCGCGACGAAACCCUUGCUGCCACUAUAACAGAAAACUUCUUGAGGCUUAUGACAUCAAUAGAACUAUAUGAGGACCCGUAUCAUAUAACAGAACAUCAUAUAGCUGCUCUCCAACCUUUAACUCUAAUAAGCGCAUUAGGAGAGAUGCUUCAAGAAGAGUCAAUGAAAUCCAUAUGCGCAGAUAAAUUUGCGGACCUCUUCUCUGUGCUUUACACUACAUUAGCUUGUUACAUUGAUGCUGAACCACCUGCAUAUACACCACCAACUGUUAAGAGCCAAGAGAGGUUCGGUUUUAUACCGAACAGAGAAGCAAUUAAAUUGUCACCGGCUAAAAUUACUGUGCAAACGUUUAAUGCAUUUUUAGAGCAAGCCGAUUGUCAGAAAGUGAGUGAAGCGUGCUCAUUGUGUCUGAGCAUUGAACACGGGGAUUCCUCAACAACAUUACUGGAACUAGCUCCGAUACUCAGCGGCGCACUGAGCCGUUCGUGCCCCGCUCAGCUGUCUCGGCUCGUGUCGCGCAUCGCUCAGUACGCGCGCUGUCCGCUACCCCCGCAACGUUGCGCCGCUCUUGCUUUGCUAGCUGACCUUCUCAACUACAGGUGUAACGACAACACCAUUCUCAUAGAAACAGUCCUGGCAACACUGAAUAGCGGUUGGAAGGACCAGCAUGAGCGUGUCCGAGCUACUUGCUUACGUGGAGCUGCCAACAUCGCCCAACUGCGACCUGAACAUCGCAACAACGCUUUGCCCGCAGCUUUUACUGCACUCAGCCAGGGAGUUGAUGCGCAGAAAACGCAAUCACCAACAGACAACGUCCCACUCGCCGCCAUCCAAGGCUUAAGUCGACUUUUAACCGAACUGGAUCAACUGGAUAAAGAAUACGAUCGAGAGCUCGUCUCCAUAUCACAAAAGAUACGUCCGUUCAUGAACACAGACUGCGCUCAAUUGCGAGAAAAUUCCAUCAAGCUCUUUGGUAUCAUUGCGGGGAGAAUAAAGUCGGAUGCUUUGGUGGAGCAGGCUAUUAAUUCUUUGCCUUGCUUCCUGCUCCACUUGUGUGAUAACAAUCCUGCUGUAGUUAGGGCGAGCAAGUUCACUCUGAAGCAAGUGUUCAAGACGUUCAACGUGAAGAAGUCGAACGACUUCGUGCAGGCGCACCUGGUGGACGAGGGGCGGCUGUACCUGGACGAGUUCCUGGCGGCGCUGCUGCGCCAGCUGGCCGACGAGCGGGGGGGGGCCGUGGCGCGCUGCCUGCAGGCCGCCGUCAACUACCUGCACUGCGCACGCGAAGACCUCAAGCCGCACCCGCCACUGCUUCUAGGACUAUUGUACGCUGAACUGCAUCGCCUACAAUCCAAAUCCGCUGAAGACACAGACUUGGAUCCUGACAUCACCCGCACAGCUCGCACCAGACUGUUGCAGUUGAUCAAAGAUCCCAACCCACUGGUGAGACAAAACUCGGCGAUGGCACUGGCGAACAUAUGUCUGGUGGAGGCCGACGGAUGA